AUGGAGGGGGCGGGCGUUUGGGAGGAGAUCCCGUGUAUUAUUGUUAAGGGGGACUUCGCCGCUGCAAUGGCGGCCUCAGCGAUAAAGGCGCUGAUGGAGCGCUACGUUUGUAGGAUUCCUAGGACAAUCUCCGACCCUACUCCUGCUAUGUAUAUGCUUGCCCCUGUUUUGUUAGGCGUUGUAGGGGACGAUGUCAGAUUUGAUCGCCGCGGCGGUGCGGGUCAAAGUGCCCAAUCUAUUGCGGAGCAGGGUGGGACUGCAUCUGGCAACACAAGCCAACCGGAGGCAGCAUAUUCAAAGGCGUACGAUAUCCGUCCGUACUUCCCUGAAACCGACCACGGCGCCAUCAUCAUCACAACCCGAUCCGCAACAGUGAAACUCGGGCAGUUGAUCCGGCUGAGUAAGCUAGGCGACGUCAAUGACAGCUUGGCUAUACUGGAGUCAACAUCCAAUCGUGCCCAUCUGAGCCAGAAUCCUGAUGCUUAUACGCUUGCGCGGCGACUUGACGGCCUUCCGCUUGCCCUGUCGACGGCUGGAGCGUACCUCAACCAAGUGUCGACGAGCUGCGCUGAGUAUCUCCGGCUGUACGACGAAUCAUGGCUGCGAUUACAGAGAGAGAGUCCACAACUUCUGGAUUACGAUCAAGCGUUGUAUUCGACGUGGGGUAUCUCAUUCAACCUUAUUCAGCAGCAAAGCAGAGGUGCAGCUACCCUCCUUCGACUUUGGGCAUACUUCGAUAACGAGGACCUAUGGUACGAACUGUUGCAGGAUGUGGGUUCAGAGGGGCCGGUUUGGCUACAAGACAUAACGAAAGACAACUUGAUCUUUAACAUAACAAUGAGACUUCUUUGCGAACAUGGACUAGUAGAGGCGGACCUUAUUACAAAAGAGACUGAGGGAGAGUCCCGAGGAUACAGUGUGCAUGGAUGUGUCCAUGCGUGGAUGAUACACGUGCUGAACACGGGAGUCGACGAGGAGAUGGCUUGGACAGCAUUGAGGUGUAUAGCAUCUCAUGUCCCAAGCAACGAGCAGCAAGAGUAUUGGAUAGUACAAAGACGACUUUUACAACAUUCAGACCGAUGCAUCACAAAGAUAGCGACAGAUGCGGCGGAGGAAAAAGAUGCAUGGAUGUUUCACGAACUAGGCAUCCUCUACUCGGACCAGGGCCGACUCAAAGAGGCCGAGGCCAUGUACGAACGGGCUCUUCAAGGCUACGAGAA